CCAACAUGCAAACUUGAAGUGGUGUAGUAAUGAACUGCUUCACUUGCUCAGGUUUGUUCAACUAAAAUUUUUUUUUUCUUUCAGGAUAAACCAUCAGUUUGCUUUCAUCACCCAACUUAACAGCAUGUUUCUGUUGAAUAUUUGCAUCUGUGCCGGCCUCGUGCUCUCCCUCCCUCAGCGCACGCGUCAAUCCUGCAUAGAAGGGACACCCAAACAGUGCAAAGAGGCAGAAUUUGCUCCAGGUACCAAUUUGGCCGGGGAAGGCUUCGACAUCAUCAAAAUGGUACGUACGGGGGCCUUUGUGCUCGACAUGAAUCGGUGGAAACGUAAGGACAAAACAUGCAUCCUGUGUAUCAACCCCUAUAUGGAGAACAAGAGGCAAAAGCUGCCCUUGUCGGUGGUGGAUUGGAGGCCAAAACAGUCCUGCAGCCUGAAAGUGGCCAGUAAACUCCACCGAUCCAGUGAGUCUCUGGUCAGUUCCAGCAGCUCUUCUGUUGAAAACAACUGGAAGGUCAAUCUAGACAUUGAUGUGGGUAAAAAAAGCGGCUCAGCGAUGCUGGCUGGUACCAAUUCUAAACUGGCUGCUUAUUCCAUGGAAAAAACAAAGAAUGACAAGUUCAGCUUCACCAGCCAAAGCAUGUUCUGUGAGUACUACAGCUAUCGCGUGUCCAUCACUCCCAAACUGCACAAAGAGUUUAACAAAGCGGUACAACAGCUCCCCAAAACCUACAGCCCUGAAUACAAGCAAAGAUUUUACAAACUGAUCGACACCUUCGGCACCCAUUACAUCACAAAGGUGAAAUUGGGAGGAAGUGUUCAAUCUGUGACCAGCAUCAGGAAUUGCCAGGCCAGCCUGCAGGGCCUCAGCGCAGAGGAGGUGCAGAUGUGCCUGGAAGCUGAGGCGUCCGCAAGCGUCAAAGCUACGGUAAAAAUUGAAUCGAAACACUGCAAGCAGGACACUAGCAAGAUGGAAAGUAAGACAUCUUUCUCCAGCCUCUUCAAUGACAGGUUCACAGAAAUAAAGGGGGGCCAUACCACAGAGCCAGACCUUCUCUUCUCCGCUGACAAAGAUCCAUCGGCCUACAAGGAAUGGCUAAACACACUCCCACAGCAUCCAGACAUAGUCUCAUAUUCCCUGGACGCGCUUCAUGAGUUACUGCCUAUAAACACACCUGUCCGGAAGAACCUGCGCUCAGCCAUUAGCCAUUACAUCCUGGAGAAAGGCCUGUGGAGGAACUGCACUGAUCGCUGUCAGGCCGGCAUCAAGAGCGACUCGAGGGAUCCCUGCGUCUGCCAAUGCCACAAUGACCCUGCUGUAAACCAAGAUUGCUGCCCGACCCGUAAGGGCAUGGCACGGGUCAUCAUUACCGUACAACGAGCCUCCGGUCUUUGGGGUGACUCCAUCACAGCGACAGAUGGUUACGUGAAGGUGUCCUUCAACGGGCAGAUGGUCCAGCGGUCUCCUGUCAUUUACAACAACAACAACCCACACUGGGCAAUGGUCGUCGACCUGGGCUCUCAGGAUUUGUCCGCAGGAGCUAAAUUGAGAUUGGAGGUGUGGGAUGAGGACAACAGCUGGGAUGACGACCUGUUGGGGCAAUGUGAGCAAGUUCUGUCUGCUGGAGUCAAGGAGGAUCUCUGUGGUCUGCAGCAUGGCCGGCUGUACUACAAAUGGGAGGUGAAAUGUGCUCCGAGUCUGAGCGGAAAUUCAUGCACGGAGUAUAAACCUUCACCUAUGAGUCAGAGUCUGAAGAGGCUGUAUGUGUCCCGUCAUGCCCACCCUGUUCCAAAGGCCAUCCUGUUAGAGAUGGGUGUGUUUGUGGACGAAUCGAGUUCACAGGGAAACCAGAGUCUUACUGCAGAGAGUCAAAAGUUUAAAGGGAUAUAACACCCAUGUUUGGUUUUACCGAGGCUUGCAUUCAAGGCAUUAGCAGCAUUGUUUUAUUGUAUGGAUGAGGUUCAUAUAAGUAAAAGACAUUAUCCAUAAGUUUUAUCUUGCAUUAGAUCUCUGCUGACAACAAAACAUGAGAAAUACAUCAGUUAGAAAAGAACUCAAAAAGUCUUGACAAAAUGGUUGCAAGUCAGCAUCAGGAAAAAUAUCCCCUAUAUCUUGUGUGUUCAGUUUUUCUUUUGGUUUAAUCUACGUCAUCAAUUGAAAGUCAAAUCAGAGCUGUGUUUGAUAGAAGUGUGUUGCUAGUACAGGCCAGAUAGAAAAGAUAGUUUCAUUAUUUUUAUAAACGUGUCUCCAUAUAUGUAUCAUAUAGUCCUCAUUAUACUGCACUGGCCUGGUCCUCCACAGGACAUCAAAGAAUAUGCAGCUGAUCAUCUAAAAGUUCUUGCAGUUGUUGAAAUGUAAGUUUGAUUCAAUGCAUCUUUUACUUAUAACCUUAUUUUUUGAAUUAUUUUUACAGGCUUUUUUUAAAUCUAUGCCUUGUUUUUCCAUUUUAUCGUUUACAUACAGGCAUUUAUAAUAUGUACUAGUACGUUUUCUGCAUUUUAAUCACAUUAUUGCCUUGUGGAUUUUUGCUAUCAUGUUUGAAAGAGAGAAGGGAGAGAGAGGCAAAGAAUAAAAUAAUAAGGCAAUAUAUUUAGAUCACAGAGUCCAUUCACGUUGUGCUUUAACUUAGUUCCUCUCCGACUUGCACCGAGUCUUUAUAUAUCUCCUUAGUGCUGUUUUUUUAAUGUGUGAAUCUUACCUUGGUACCUUGUUUGUAAUUUUAAUGGUUUCUUCUGUAUGAAUUUCUGCAUC